CCCGCCGCCAUUUCGGCACCGUUUCGCCCCGGAGCCGUUGGGUCGGGACGGCGUCGCGUCCCCCGUCCCCCGCUCCCCGCCGCCAUGAGCCGCCUCAGCGGCGGUUGGGACGGCACCGGCGAGGAAGUCCAGCUCCUCCUGGACCUAUGCCUUCAGUGUUUGACAAAGAACCUUUCCAGAUAUGCUGCAGAUAUUAAGCCAUUGCCACCCAACAUAAAGGAUAAACUGAUUAAAUUAAUGAGUAUGCAAGGUCAAAUAACUGAUUCAAAUAUCAGUGAGGUAUUGCACCCUGCUGUAGAGUCUCUAGACCUCCGAGACUGUGAUAUUUCAGAUAAUGCAUUAUUGCAGCUUUGUAACUGCAAGCAAUUGAAAAAAAUCAACUUAAAUUCUUGCAAAGAAAACAGAUUGGGAAUCACUUCAGAAGGUGUCAUAGCACUGGCCUUAUCCUGCCCUUACUUGCGUGAAGCGUCCUUCAAAAGGUGCUGCGAUAUAACUGACAGCGGAGUUCUUGCUCUUGCACUCAAUUGCCAGUUCCUACAAAUAGUGAACUUGGGCAGCUGUUCAGGCAUCAUGGAUGCAUCUCUCCAGGCACUAGGACAAAACUGCAAAUUUCUUCACAGUGUGGACUUUUCAUCUACUCAGGUAACAGAUGAUGGCGUUGUAGCACUAGUGAGUGGAACAUGUUCAAAGAAUUUAAAGGAGAUCCACAUGGAGCGCUGUGUGAAUCUGACCGAUGUUGCUGUGGAAGCGGUCCUUACUUCUUGUCCCAAGAUACACAUUUUUCUGUUCCACGGGUGCCCAUUGGUGACAGAUCGUUGCCGAGAUGUUUUAGAGCAGCUGGUCAUAUCAAACAAAAUCAAACAAGUAACAUGGACUGUUUACUGAUCGUUUAUCGUGUACAUGUGAGUGUAAAGUUUACAGAUGGGAGAGCUCCUUCAGAAAACAAGCUCCUUGGAGAAAUAGCUGGUGACUUUGGUACCACCAGAUUGCUUCCCUCCUCGUUCCCACCAGAGGUCUCUGUCGCCAUUCCAGUCCUUGCCUGUGAGUCUGGGCUUCCCCAUUGUCUCCACUUACAGCCCUCUCUGUCGUUGCAUCACUGAUCACACUUCGUUAAGAGGAAAGUUAAACUAUAAUUAAUAUUACACUGUCAUCUCUCAGCUUCCUCUUGGAAUAUCAAAUUUGGCAACUACUUACCAUUUUUUAGCUUCUUGGCUAGAUAUACAAAUGCAAUUUAAGUAAGUCCCUGUUCUGAGUUUGUAGUCUGAGAGGGUAGUUGCAACUAAAAGUACCAAGCUCAAACAUAGUGUUAACACUUACACAGAAGUGUCUGAAAAGCUGGGAAUUUAAUCUGACAAAAAUCAGCAGGCACAACUGGUGAACGGAGAUGGCAUUAACAGCAAUGCAAAUGUAUUUUAACUACUAAGUCUCCUUUCACCAUGUACUUUUACUACAUCUAGAGCCAAAAACGUAGGUACUUUUCUUUUGAUGUUACUGAUACUGCAGGGUUCUGGUUUUAUUUACCUUCAUAUACCUGCUGGAUUUUUUACACAUUCAGAAGUACAGUCUAUGAGUAUAUAAACAUAAAAUUGUUUUGAAGUUAUUGUGACAUAACAAAUUUCAGAAUAGUAGUUAUGACCAAUAAAAGAAACUUGUAUGUGGGAAAAUGCUUAUUUGCUCUGGCUUUUGCCCAUAUUCCUGCAUGAAAAUCCUUCUAGGGAACAAAACAUUGGUCCUCAUAAGUAUAGCUGUGAGUGAAAUGGGACCAAGUUUAAUGUCCGAGUACGUGAAUCUCAGGAUGGUGGAGUUCAGGAAAGUACAUGCUCUGCUCCAUGCAGUUUAUAAUAUCUCCAGUGGCCUCCCAGAAGUUGAAAAUAUAACCCUUUCUAUAUUGUUCAAUUGCAGUCAUAUUGAAAAAAUAUUUAGAAGUGUAGAAUGAGUUUAUUAGAUGAUGGAGCAGUGGUCUCAUCACAGUUAUGUUCACUGGCUUUGAUGAAAUAGCAUGAUUUCUAGUGAGACUUUUACAAAUUCUACAUUAGACUUUUAGAAAUGCUAGCAAUUUUAGCAUGCUACAGGGCAGGUAGCAUGCUGUGUUGAUACUCUGCAUCUGGAAGUAGCAGAGUUUGGCCAGGGAGGUCUUGCAUGGAUCUGAUGACACCUAGAAACCCAUGAGUCUAGGCAGCCAUAAGGAAUCUUCUUCAUAAUUUAACACUUGUCAUAGCCACGUGUGUUUUAAGCGUUGUAGAAAUAAAACAGUCUUUACUAAUUUAUUUAAAGCUCAGGUCAAAUUGCAUGGAAGAUGAUAAUAUAAUAUGUUGCAUCCAGUAAUAUUAAGGGAUAUUAUGAUGUCUGACAGUAAUCUCAGUUCUUCUGUUGAUUAUAUAGCUUAUGGAAGAGCAAUUCCAUUUAGAAAACUUGGUCAAGUAUAACUGAAAGUAUAGUUUUCAAACUCCAGUGCCUAAAUCGCUAAUUCUUGUUGCAUGCAGUACCAUGGCUCAGCCCAGUAAUGAAUGUGUUCCUAUGGUACCUAUAGGUAUAACUGCACCCCUGCAAACCGUUCCUGCAAACAGAAGUUGGUGUUGCUACAUUAGCAGGUAGCAUUUGAAAGCUUGCAAAUUGCAGGAAAUCAAUCUUAGACCAGAUAGAGGGCUAAGAACCUAAAUACAUACUUAGGUUCGUGUUUAUAGUCAACCAGAUUUUAUUCUCUUUUUUGGCUAGAGAGUAGUUUUUUGUUUUGCCAUGUGGAAUACCUGGUAUCAGUCAGGGCCCAUCAGUCCUUUAAACUCUUGGACAUGAGUUGGCAAUAAAUUUGUUUUGCAGUGUUUCUCAUACUGAUGUAUCUGGCUGAUUAGGCAGCAGCACUUACAUGUUGGGUAAUCAUGUCAAAUAAUUAAAACAUAAGGAUUAGGCUGCCAGCCCUGCUUUUAGGAAGGGUGCCACAAAAAGAGUAAGUAGAAUUGUAAGCUAACUCAAGUGGGAAGGGGCCUCGGGAGAUUUCUAGUCUAACUUCCUGCCCAAAGCAGGACCAGCUCAGAGGAUCUUAGUCAGGGCUUUAUCCAAACAAGCCUCAAAAAACUGAAAGAUGACAGAGCCUUCACAGCCUUUUGAGACAACUUGUUUCACUGCUUGACUGUAUUAAUGGUGGAAAAUUUUCUUCUGUCCUGUUUGAUCCUAUUUUGUUUCAAUUUACACCCUUUCUCACUGUAAUAGCUUGGCUGUCAUCCUGACAAUCUUCUCGUAGGUAUGGGCACGUUGCUGUUAGGUCCCUUGAAGCCUUCUCUUCUCCAAGCUGAGUAACACCAGUUCCCUCAAUCUGUUAUUGUAAGACAUGUCACUGUAACAUAGUGUGGUGGUGGUUGCCAGACUCUCAUCCCAAGUGCUACAUGCAGAAAGGAAAUUAUAAAUGGAUAUAAUGUAAAGCAGCUAAAGGGGGAAGAUCACCAAAGUCUGUAGCAGCAAAACACUUAGAAAAAAAAUAAUAUAUAUAUAUAUCUGUGGGACAGUGCUACUGCUAACCUCACUGGAAAAGUUGUCCUUUUUCCUCUUGCUAAUGUAACCUUGGAUUUGUCAUCUUGAAGGCAAAUGCAGCUUACACUGUGUCCUUAAACUUGCAUGUAGAUUUACCACAUUCUCCUGUAGCCUCUUCUAAAUGUGUAACUUACAGUGUAUCCUCACCUUGUGCUUAAAAAUCUGUAGAACACUGGAAUGAAUUAACACUGCAUUUCUGGGUUUGAAAAUUUAAUGCAAGUCAUGUUAAGGCCUUCCCUGCCAGAGCUUGAGUCAGCUCUCUUAUGCAUUUGUUACUAGCAUAACUCCACUGAAAUAUUUUUGGAUUCGGGUUAAAUCGCAGUCAUUUUUCACAGAAGUUUACAAGUGUUGGGUGAAGUGGGAGAAGAACAUAAUGUAUGCACUUACUGCUUCAUAUUCUGUAUUGUUUGGAUAUUGUUAUUGUUGUAAAUCGUUGGGUGAGCACUGCAGAAUAUUCACAUACUGUUCUGAAGAUUAAAGUUUGUAAGACUUCCAUUGGAA